AUGACGACACCAGACAGCAACUACGAUGCCUCAGCCUCCGACUUCACAUGGCCCAACGCCAAAGCGCUCUGGCUCAUGAUCAUCAUCGGCGCGGGUCUAAUCGUCCUUUGCAUCAUCUACAAAGUUUGCAUAAAAGUACAUCAACGACGGGUCCAGCGAGCUAGUGAACAUGAAUUCGCCGAUUUGAUACAAGGGUCGACAAGAGUCGAGCUUGAAGGUGGUGCGAUAAGAUCGCAGAGCCCGUCACGAGCGGUAACGAGGAGAAGUAGUGAAGUCUCGGCUUUACCGCGGUAUGAGCGGUUCGAUGAGGAGGAAGUGUGUGAUAAGGAUGCACGGAUUGAGAAGAGGGGGCGGUACAGUUAUGUGUUGGGUGAGCAGUGGCCUGGGAAGAGACAAUAG